CACUGAGGCCCCCUAGUGGGCCGCGGCCCACAGGUUGUUUUAAAUGCUAGAACUCUUUAAAGCAGGAUUAAAGAACUGAUUGGCUAUCACUUUCUCAAGCCAACAUAUUGUUCUACAAUUUAAACAUUAUUAUUAUUAUUAUUCUGAGACUAACUGAUGAAAGAGAGCUGUUAUGUCAGAGCAAUAGCACUGUGGUUAUGGAAUUCCAAAGCUGACAAAAUAAUACAUUUGCCGCAACUGUACACAAGGCAACCCGAGUUCGAGUUCCGGUUCAAGGUUUGGGCUUUCUCAAGCCAACAUCAAAGUUUGCUUACAAACUUUAGCUUCUGGUUGUUUUUAUCGUUCAUCAAGGGGAAAAAACGUUCUGAAAGUGAUUCCAAUGAUAUCUUUUCACUGUGCCGUUAUUGUUAUUGUUGUGGUGUGGACUUUGCUAUUCUUUUAUAUUUAGAACACUUUUUAGAACUAUACUGUUAUCAUUAUAGUUAUCGCUCUUGGUGUAAACUGGACUUUAUAAAAACAAUAAUCUCUACAGUGGUCUAAUAAGUUUCCAUCUUAUGCCAAUGCACAUUGUAUGCUGUAUUUUCAGGCAAGAGAGGAAGUCCAAGAUCUCAGCCUCAAGAAAGCUUAUGCUAAAGAGUUUGAUGGUGGCCAAAGCCAAGGAGGAGCUGGAACAGGAGGUGUUAGAUAAAGAGGAAGAGAAGCAGAGGUAUCUGACAGAGAAAGCUCCUCCUCUACAGACACAGGGAAUGUCAUUCGCUGAGCUUCAGGUACUCUGUCAAGAGCUUCAUGCUAAGAUUGAUGUGGUGGAUGAGGAGCGCUAUGAUAUUGAAGCCAAAGUCUUACUGAAUAAGCGUGAGAUCAAAGACCUGAACAUUAAAGUUCUGGACCUGAGGGGGAAGUUCAAACGUCCCACCCUGAGGAGGGUGAGGGUUUCUGCAGAUGCCAUCCUCCGAUCUCUCCUAGGCUCAAAACACAAAGUCUCAAUGGACCUACGAGCCAACCUCAAAUCUGUGAAAAAAGAGGAUACUGAAAAGAAGAGGCCAGUUGAGGACAGUGACUGGAGGAAGAACGUGGAGGCCAUGUCUGGUAUGGAGGGAAGAAAGAAGAUGUUUGAUGCAGCAAAAGGCCCCACCCAGUGAAACCUUAGUGACGUUAACAUGAAAGAUUACUUUUGUUUGGCAACUAAAGGUUAGGUUUAGAUUUGCAUAUUAAAUAGAUCAUUUAAAUACCUUAAUAGUUCAGUUUUAUGUGAGGUGUUGUUAAACAGUGCAUUGAUAAGACAGUUGUACUUCAUUGCAACUUCUCUGCAUUGGUGCAAACGAUUGCACAACUUUCAUUUGGCCAAUGAGUAAAUAAUUACUUGCUUAGUUUAUCUUUUAUUAUGUCAAUAUUCAGUUAUGAGAAAGAGUCAAUGUAAGGUGUACCAAUGUAUUACGUGAAUAAACAAAGUGAAACAUUU